GGGAAAGAGGAUUUCAUUUGCAACCAAGUAGGUCUCCUCCCCCACAAAAAUCCGAGAUGAAAAAAAAAAAACAUGCAUGUCCUACACCUCGCCUCUUCUCCACAAACCCUCCUACCAAUUGUCAGCAUCACUAGCUACCAUGUAAUAACACAACAUGGCUUGACGAUUCAUAUCCAUUCAUCAACUUAUCACUCCCUUUUUAUUCACUACGUCCCAUCUCCACUUUCCUCUCACAAGAGUUUAAAUGGUUUCCUUCCCACCAAGAUGCCUACCAACCCUUUCUCCAUCUCAAGACUAGUAUCUUGCGUGAAGCGCAGGUGGCUUGGAAUAUUCCGGCGGAAAUCCGUGCAGCCCGACAACGGCGACGAGGGCGAUGAAUAUCAGUUCUCGAGCUCCGGCGAGUGCUACGAAUGCACGCAGGUGGGGGUCCCGGUGUUCCACUCGACGAGCUGCGAGAGGGCCGGGCAGCCGGAGUGGGAGGCGUCGGCGGGGUCAUCGCUGCUGCCGAUAAAGAACCGGCCGAAGAGGGAGAAGAGCGGGCGGGGGCAGGGCGGCGUGCUGGACCCGCGGACGAAGCGCGUGCAGAGGUGGAACCGGGCGUUCCUGCUGGCGCGGGGGAUGGCGCUGGCGGUGGACCCGCUCUUCUUCUACGCGCUGUCGAUCGGGCGGGGGGGGUCGCCGUGCCUGUACAUGGACGGGGGGCUGGCGGCGGCGGUGGCGGUGCUCCGCACGUGCGUGGACGCGGUGCACCUGGGCCACCUCUGGCUGCAGUUCCGCCUUGCCUACGUGUCCAGGGAGUCGCUCGUCGUUGGCUGCGGGAAGCUCGUGUGGGAUGCACGUGUCAUCGCCGCGCACUACCUCCGCUCCCUCAAGGGCUUCUGGUUUGAUGUCUUUGUCAUUCUACCCGUGCCUCAGGCGGCAUUUUGGCUACUGGUGCCACGAUUGAUAAGAGACGAGCAGAUAAAGCUGAUAAUGACCAUUCUCCUACUCAUCUUCUUGUUCCAGUUCCUGCCUAAGGUUUAUCACUGCAUAUGUUUGAUGAGAAGAAUGCAAAAGGUGACAGGCUAUAUAUUUGGUACAAUUUGGUGGGGUUUUGGCCUUAAUCUCAUUGCAUACUUCAUUGCUUCACAUGUUGCCGGUGGAUGCUGGUAUGUUCUGGCCAUACAGCGUGUGGCCUCGUGCCUCAAGCAACGGUGCACUUUGAGUGGAACGUGUAACCUGUCGUUGUCCUGCUCGGAGGAGGUCUGCUAUCAGAUGCUGAAAUCAGGGGCUAUGGAUAUCCCCUGUGGCGGCGGUAACUCCACUGUGAGAAAGCCGAUGUGUUUGGAUGUGAAUGGGCCGUUCCAGUACGGGAUAUACAAGUGGGCUCUCCCCGUUGUCUCGAGCAACUCCAUCGCCGUGAAGAUUCUGUAUCCUAUUUUUUGGGGAUUGAUGACUCUGAGCACUUUUGGCAAUGACUUGGAGCCCACGAGCCAUUGGCUGGAAGUAAUGUUCAGUAUAUGCACUGUGCUCAGUGGCCUCAUGCUAUUCACUUUGUUGAUUGGUAACAUUCAGGUAUUUUUGCACGCGGUGAUGGCGAAGAAACGGAAAAUGCAGCUGAGGACCCGGGACACGGAGUGGUGGAUGAAGCGGAGGCAGCUGCCAUCGGAGCUGAGGCAAAGAGUGCGGCGCUACGAGCAUCAGAAAUGGGCAACACUUGGGUGUGAUGAUGAGAUGGAACUGAUUCAAGACUUGCCCGAAGGGCUUAGGCGGGACAUCAAACGCUUUCUCUGCCUUGAUCUUAUUAAAAAGGUACCCAUAUUCCACAGCUUGGAUGAUUUGAUCCUCGACAACAUAUGCGACCGUGUUCAGCCUCUCGUAUUCUCCAAAGAUGAAAAGAUCAUAAGAGAAGGAGACCCGGUGGCACGGAUGGUGUUCAUCGUGCGCGGCCGCGUGAAGAGUAGCCAAAACCUCAGCCGAGGAGUGGUGGCGACAUGCAUGCUGGAGCCUGGUGGCUUCUUUGGGGACGAGCUCAUGUCGUGGUGCCUCCGCCGCCCUUUCAAGGACAGACUCCCGGCUUCCUCCGCAACCUUCACUUGCAUCGAAUCAACCGAGGCAUUCGCUCUCGAUGCCAAGCAUCUGAGGUAUAUAACCGAUCACUUCCGCUACAAAUUCGCCAACGAGAGGCUCACACGCACCUCCAGAUACUACUCCUCCAACUGGAGGACUUGGGCGGCUGUUAACAUCCAGCUCGCUUGGCGCCGUUACAUCUACAGAACGCAGCGAGCACUCAGCUUUCGCUCCACCGCUGAUGAUAGUGAUCGCCUUCUCCGACAGUAUGCCGCCUUUUUUAUGUCCAUCAGGCCUCAUGAUCAUCUUGAAUGAGACCAACUGCUUCAUAUUUUUCAUCAUCAUCAUGCAAUCACAUGUUUUUAAGGUAAAGAUGGAUUUCUGUUUUUUUCUUUCCUUUUCAAGAAAUGCAAAAUUGUUUGAUUCUUAUAUCAUGAAUUUGAAUGUAGCAAUAUUUUGUAAUGGUUUCUGUUUAUAGAAACGACUCGUAAGUUAUAACUUUGCGUGAAGCAAAACAUUGGCAGAGUUGGAAAAGAAAAUUUUAAUGUUUAUAA